UUUGAAAGUCUCGCUGAUUUCGCUGCCACAGGGGAGAUCUCGUCGCUUAUUCUUCCUUUCGCUGGCCACAUCGGCGAACGGGAUAACGAGGGAAACACUGUGCUGCAUAUAUCGGCAAAGAAUUCGCAAAGUUUCGCUCUGAAAUUGUUGUUGUCAGCGCUUCCGUCAGACAAGAAGGAAGGUGAGGCUUUGCGAUUGCAGUUCUCCGUCAGAUUUUUCAUAUCCAAUGUUUUGCAGAGGUUCUGGAUAUCCGUAAUACUCGUGGCCAGACCGGCGCUUCAUUGUGCUGUUCGAGCCGGAGAUCCUGACAGCGUCCAUUAUUUGUUAAGCCAUGGAAGUGGUACAAGAGUUCUCGACAACCAUAGGAACUCCGUGAUCCAUUACCUGGCCGACGCUUACAAUGAAGCGAUAUUCAAGGAAAUCCUCGAAACACCUGGAUCGAGCGAAAACGAACUUGACGCACUGAACGAGGAGGGAUUCUCGGCCCUUCAUCUUGCAGUCAGGAGGUUGAAGCUCAGCCUGAUCGAAAUGCUUCUGGAAGCUGGCGCUUCGAUUAACUGCAAGGACCAUGCUGGUCGAUCCGCGCUCUUUCACGCCGUGAACAUGAACGACGUCGAGAUUGUACAGUUCCUUCUUGGGAAAGGAGCCGAUCCAAACGUUGAGGACGAAUCGGGCGAAACUCCUCUCUUGCUGUGCAUGAAAACGGCUAAUUAUGCAAUUAUGGGUUUAUUGAUCGAUGCUGGAGGUGAUCCGAAGAAACAAAAUCGUAAUGGAAACUCGCUAUCGGAUAGUAACGAUGCAACCGUUCAACGAAUCAUUGCUGGAGAGAGAGUUGAGUUGCCGGAGAAAGAAGUACCUCCACCAGUACCGUCUGAUCUGACAACAACUCGUUCGGCGCUCUUUGGCCGGUCGCUACCAAAUCUUCACGGAAGUAUGACUGCACCUCCUGACGUGGACACUCCGCCUCCACACCGGUCAUCCGUUCCAUCCAGGGCGCAGCCGCCAAGCGAGCAUCUAACAUCACAGACUUCAUAUGAUCGAGAGGAAGGGGCGUCAGGCGACGUUGGUCUGGAUUCCGACGGCGAGUAUGUGGAUGAUCAGCCGUCCACAAGCUCAGCAAAUAGAUCUCGAAGAAGCGCCCGGCAUAGUAAAAUGUCUCAAGAUGAUAUUUCCUGCCUCGACUACUUGACACGAUUGAGACUUUCUAAGCUGAUGGACGAGAACUCGAAGUGGCAACAGCUGGCUACGGAGCUGGGUUGUUCUCACAUGAUUGAGCUGAUUUCGAUUUGUUCAGACGACAGUAGUCCAACGAUGAUUCUGCUCGAUCAGUUCGAGCAAAUGCCCGAAGCUAAGAUCUCCCGCGUCCGCUCGGCCCUGCACACACUUCAAGAAGAGGAAUCCGUGAAGCUGAUUGAUGAGCGAUUCAUCUACUGA